GCCACAUUCCUGCUGGCUCCGAAAAUAUGUUUUCCUCUGCACAGCAUGUGGAGGACUGUCUGUACUCUUGGGAAUACUGUUUCUCACAGUAUACUUCAUGCUACGAUCAUACACUUCUUCACUGAAUUACUUUGAAACUGUACCAACUUAUGUACCAGCAACUAUGCUCAUUGUCACUGGAUUAAUUGUGAUGUGUUUGGCAAGUAGGAAGAAUCGUUACGAAUACCUGAUCAAGCUGUGUGGGAUAUGUUGUUUAGUUGGCGGUGUGCUGUGUAUUGUGGUGACCAUUAGCACAACAGUUAUACAUAUGAGUAGGCUCCAAACUCUACGUGAAUGUAUGUACACACAAAAGACACAGACCUGCACAUGCUAUUCUGCUUUGCUACAGUCAUCAGACAAAAUGGAGGAAGGUUUACGGUAUGUUUUCAACUCAACACCAGACUGUGAUGUCAUCCAUGGAGCACUCUACUCAUGCUUACGAGCUUUAUUUGGAUUAUCUGUUAUUGGAAUUCUAAUAUGUAUUUUUUCUUGUAUGCUGGUCUAUCAGCUUCUCAGUCAUGAAAAAAAGAAAAUGUACUGGGAACAAUUGGAGAUGAGGUGUCGUUAUAUGUAUCGACAACAGCACACAGCACGCCACUGCAACUGCUGCGAUGAUUGCCGCUACCCACUUCCACAUGAAGGAUUCCCUUGGGAGGUUAUGGAUGAGAGAUACUGGACACCACGCAGAGUGGGUAACCUAUAUUCACCAAACCCAGGUGAAGAUGGGAAUUCAAAUACACACAGGCCUACAUCUGGCUGGAGCUGGUGUCGUUUGCCCUGGGCUCGAGGCAAUACAACCAACCAAAAUACCAGAGAAAGCAGUCAAAAUUACCGGAAUACCACUAGCAGUCCAGACAGUCAAUAUGGUUUCAGCAGCCGUCCAAAUCCAGACAUGCAUAACAACCAGGGAGAGAGGAGAGUUGGUGUUGCAUCUGUGCAAGUGGAGAGUUAUGGCCCAGGUUACUACAUGUGGGGACCACCACCGCCAUACUCAAACCAUAGUAGUCCAGCUCAUCGUGAACCUAUCCUUGGUGUGCUCCCACAUUCUAGUUCUAUGAGCCCACCAUGUGUCAGUCAUGUUCACAGACACUGUCAUGUACAAGGCCAGUUUCUUGGAGAGCAGAACUGCUUUGGCAAUUCACAGCUCCAGGCAGCAGGCUCCAAUGACACAAAUGUGGAAGAAGUUAGGAAAAAUGUGCUUACUGAAAAUUAUACAAAUGCAGAUGAAUCAAAAUUACCUGCUUCAGCUGACAGUAGCAGUGAAAAUACUAAAAAUUCAUCAGUUAGUAGAGAAAGAGUAAGUAACACACUCCCAGUACGAAAAGCAAAGAAGAGGAUAGAUAUUUCAUCUGUGAAAUCAGUUGCUAACAUACCAUUUUCUGUUGAUCAAAAGAAACAGCACACAUCUCCAACUCAUGUUGUUGCUAUUAAUACAACAUCCAGUUUCCCACGAAACAGUAUACAAGUAUUAUUUGCUCAACAACGUCAGAUAACAGAAGCAUACCGCAGUCAAAGUAUGUCUGAAAAAAUAGCAUUAAAUGAUUUUAAUGUUGCUGAUAAAUUGGCUCCACAUCGUUUGGAAACGACUGAUGGUCAUUCAGAGCCAGAGGAUGAUGGAAGACUGCCAAAUCACUGCUCACCACAAAUGCGAGGUGUGGCAAGUUCAGCUUUUACUGUACAUGAAGCUCCACAUGGAAAUGGAAAUGAACCAACUGAAUCUGAGGUUUAUUUUGCUGAUGUUUCUUCUUGCUGUAAUGUGUCUGUUCACAAUGAUGGGCCAGAUUCAUCUUUCUAUGAUGAAGCUUCAGCUCCACAGAAACAAAAUGUUACAACUUCUUCAGCAGAAGAGCCUAUUGUUCCCAAACCAGAAGUAUUACACCAAGUAUCACAGUGUUUUGCCACAUCAGAUAAAAGUCAUCAUCUUAAUAUGAAGCAAACAGGCAUACAGCAAAGAAGCAGUGUCACAACAAAGCAUGUUAAUUUAAAAAAUACUUCAGAAAAUGAAUUGGCGUUAUCAGAAAGUGCUAAUCAAUAUCAUAACAAGUGCAAGCAUGAAAUUAUUGAUUCUGAAUGUAAAAAUGCAACAGCUGAUAUUUUUAAUCACCAGAAGCAUACUUUAUCAAACAGUUGCUUUCAUUUUAUAUUAACAAGACAGAGGAGCCUGUCAAAAGAUAAUUUGUCAGUGGGCAAGCAGGAAGCAUCACAUCAUAAUAAUUUAUUGUGCAAUAAGCAAUAUAUUGAACCAAAAUCUCAUGAUGAAUAUGACACAUCACAAAAUAUCCAACAGUCAGCCAUGUCACUUUCAGACUGUGAAGCUGGUGUUACUUCUCAUGUACCAGAUAAUAAUGAAAAUUGUUAUACAUGUCAGGUAACACACUCUCUGCCACAAUGUGACAAUUUUGUAGCAACAACCAAUUACAGUCACAAUUCAGUAUACUGUAACAAUGAUGUUGUCAUAGGAGAUACAAUUACAAGCCCAGAGCCCUCAUCAGUUCUAAGAAUACCCAACGAUGAAGUAUUAGUGAGCAACAAGAACAACCAGGAUGAAACUCCUUGCAUCUCAGCAGUGCUGCAGCUGAGUAAACUUCACAUACAUCAGCAAAGGAACAGUAUUCAUAAAGCUAACAGUGAGCCUCUAGACAGCUUUCCCUUACUACAAAGAAAUAAACAUUUUCUGGCUCCUGAUGCACAGUAUGAAACAAUCCCUGAACAGCCACUGCAAAUAGCCAAACCCCAGCUUUUACACACUCAUAGGCAUCACAAAAAUUUUAUUACAGUACAUGACACCUUUAAUGGAAAUAAUGUGGUAAACGCUACAGGGAGACUUAAUGCAUCCCACUGCACAAACUUUAACUCCCCAUCAUCAUCAUCUCCUAGUGACAGAUGUUUAAAUUUUUUGGUCCCUACAGUGACUAAUGUGGAUAGCUCCAUGAGACUGUCAAAUAAUCCAAACAACAUCAACAGUAGUAGGAGCUUCAUAGAAGGAUUGUAUCAAGCAAAUGCCAGUACUGAGGAAGAAUCUGAGUCACAGACACAGCAAACUUCGACCUGCUACAGUGAUGCUACUUUGGACUCUGGAUGCCAUAGUGGAUCUGAAUUUGCUGCCAGUCACCAGAGUGGCAGCACAAGAGGAAGAAACCAUAGUUCUAGAUCAGAAUGUGGAGGAGAAGUAAUGGGUGUUAUCACAGUUCGUUCAGUUAAUGUAUAAAAGUACAAGAAGAGGAGCAGCUGUUUGGGUCAAAAACAUCCAGCUGAAUAAAUUGUAUAUAAGACUAAAAUGCAGAUUUCUUUCAGUCAUGAAAUGAUUCUUCCUAGCACAUCAAAACUGAGAUACAGAUUCUAAAACUGUAACAUACUCUAUAUUUCUGUGAGUCAGCUCAGUUUUUGUUCAGUGUAUCAUUUGUUGUUACAUAUCACAUUGAUAUUUUUGCUGCAGCUGUGUUGUUUCUAUGUUGAAGCAAAUAGGAGGAUAAUUGAGAUGCCAUUUUAAGUACAAAAAUGCAAAAAAAAAAAAAAAAAAAAAAAAUCUACACAUGUUAAAAAUUGUGUAUUACAUACUGUGUAAAAAUGAGUAUUUUUUAAUGUUUUAAACAAAAGAAUUUCUUAUUGUUACCUCUAUUUUGUUAUUUACAUGUGAUUUUUUUUUUCAUUCCCGUCAUUGUAGUGUAGGAAGAAACAAACCUACAUUAAUCUGGUGAGUACAUUUAGUAGAAGAUCUAUCAGUUAUGUCUUGACUUGAGUUUUUCAGCAAUGGGUCUUCAAAUAUAUGAAACACUACCUAACACAAAUUUAUGUGACAAUGUUUAUCCUGCACUUAUUCAUAAAUUAUGACUAUAGAAGUCUGUCAGAAGUUAUGUAUAUCUGUAAAGAUUCAUGAUAUUUUUAGUGUUGUAAAAAACACUGAAAGUUGUCAAAGUUCUUAAUGACAAAAAUAAUACUAGCAAAUGCCAACUAAGACUGUUCUCUCAUCUAAGUUCUUAUACUGUAUUACCAAUCCCUGUAACACUUAUGAGCAGUCAGAUUUGUCUGAUUUUACAUGACAUAACAGAUUUUUUGUGGAGCAGCCAGACAACAACAGUGACUGU